AUGGACUCUCUAGACCAGGAGAGCGUCGAACUUUUUGCAACACUAUCAAAGACUGAACCGUGGAGACUGCAGCGUCACUAUUUCCCGAGUAAGUUAGGAGGAUUCCCGUCUUGGCUGGACCCAGUACACCUCCCAUCCGAAUCGGAGCUGAAAUGUGACAAGUGUUCGAGCAUAUUGACGUUCGUCCUACAGGUGUACGCUCCAGAUGAGCUGUCCGAAGACGAUAUGGCUUUCCACAGGACAGUUUUCCUCUUCGUUUGCCAGCCCUGCGGGAACAGGUGGAAAGCCUUUAGAUCUCAGUUGCCGAGGAAGAACGAUUACUACGACUUCCACCCACUUGAGGACAACAUUACAAUAGCAGAUUCAGAAAUCGCUAAAAGAUGCUGCCUCGCCUGCGGACUUCCGAGUGAAAACGUUGCAAAGGAGCCGCUUCCGGAGCUUACGGGCAUGAAAAUACAACUCAUGGACGAUGAAGAACACAGAGAACUUCACGAAAGAUGUAAAAUAGCCGUUGUACACAAAACACUAAAAGCCACGCUGGAGGAGUGGAACCUGAACAUAUGUGAAGGAGAGAUUCCAGUCACAGCGAACUAUUUAUCGCAUGAAAAGUCACUCUACAAAAAAUAUUUAAUGGAAAAGAAGUCGAAUGGAGAUGUGAUGGAUGAGUCGGAGGAGCAAGCGUUCGAAAGCAUCCAGGAGGAAAACAUGAUUUUAGACAAGUCAUUUAAGAAAUUUUGUAAAAAAACGACCCCAAACGAAGUAUUAUACUAUUCGAGAGAAGGAGAGCCGCUUUGGUUGAGUGAUAAGACAAAGAGGCCAGUUAUAUCAGGACUAGAAAAAACGAUGGAAUCAAAGUCCGAAAAUUCCAUGGCAGAUGAAUCGGACACUAGCAACAUUGGUUAUGAGGAUGAACAAACAAUUAUACCGCCGUGUGAAAAUUGCGGAAGUGUGCGAUCUUUUGAAUUUCAAGUGCUGCCUCAGAUACUACACUACCUUAAAUCAGAUAGAAUCGAUUUCGGAAGUAUUUCAGUCUACACAUGCUCAAAAUCCUGUAAAAUAGAGAAUAAAUACCAAAAAGAGGUCGUUUUUAUGGAAAAGGACUAUUCGCUGAUUCCAAAGAAGACAACUAUAAGCUAA